UCUAAACAGUAGUAUAUUCCAUUCUUAUUACGUCCAAUAUAUAUUAUGGUGAAAUCUCCUGAUCAACCAACGCCGCCGCCGUCUUCCGCCGCCGCUGCUGCUACUACUUCUUCUUGCAAGUACAAGGGUGUGAGGAAGCGCAAGUGGGGGAAGUACGUUUCAGAAAUCAGGCUCCCUAAUUGUAGGGACAGGAUUUGGUUGGGCUCCUACGACACCGCCGAGAAGGCGGCGCGUGCCUUCGACGCCGCCCUGUUCUGCCUGCGUGGCAAGAACGCCAAGUUCAAUUUUCCAGACAACCCACCUCAGAUUCCAAACGGCAGGUCCAUGUCCCCCGCUGAAAUCCAGGUCGCCGCGGCCCGCUUCGCCAACCUUGGCGGCGGCGAUGAACACCCACACGCCACUGGAACGUCGGGUCGGGUCGAGGAUUUGGAUUUGGAUUCGCAUUCGGAUUCGCCAUGUGCGUCUCUGUCGCGGAGUGAAGUUACCGAAAUACCACUGGAUUAUUCUUGA